AUGAGGGGCCCUCCCGGGCGCAACAUGCCCGCCUUAGCCAUCAGGCCUCUACUCAGCACGGAUGCCGCACGGUGCAUUCUGCUUUUUUGCACUCUGGUGCGUAAUUGGGGUCUGCACCGUGCGAUUUUGGUGACUUUUUGGUGCAAAGGUGUCAAAUCAGUGCUUUUAUGAGCCGCGUCAUUAUAGUCUGUUCAGAUUUUGAAUGUCAAGUCGUCGCUCAAGCUCCGCCCCUAAUUGUGCGACAAACCAAUCAGAGAGCGAGCCAUCCACAGAGUGUUUUUGAAUGACGUCAUUGCACUUGACCUUAAAAAAUCUGAACAGACUACGUGUCGAUGGCGUGUAAUACCACGUUGCAAAAUUUGGGCGAAAAUUGUCAUUUUUGUUCAUUUUUCAUUAAAUCGUGGUUUUCACAAUUUUUCAUUGAUUUUUUUAAUUUUUCAGUGGAUAUGAUGUCCAGUUAAAUUUUUUAUGUGAAGUGCGGUUAUAUUUGUUCUUUUCUUUAGAAGAAAAGUUUCAGGAACGUUUUUUACCCCCCGGUUGAACUUUUGCUGAAACUUUGCUGAAGUGUACUUUAGGAUGCUCUGAUUGCAGAUCAAGAAAAAAAUUUCUCGCAAUAGAUCUUGUUUCCGAGUUAUGGAGCUACAAAGUCUGCAAAAUACGCAAAUUAGGCCAAAAAAGCGCUAUUUCAGGCUUUUGAAGCUCGAUAACUCGAAAACGAGAUCUAUUGCGAAAAAUUUUCUUUCUGUUCUGGUAUCAGGGGGUCCUAAAGUACACUUCCCCGGGCCCCAAUGUUUCAGCAAAAGUUCAACCGGGGGGUAAAAAACGUUCCCUAGUUAGGGGCGCCAUUUCUUCACCUCUGUUUUGAACAUACAGUCUAACAUUUUCUUGAUAUUUGCAAAUAUUUGCACGUAAUAAAGUGUAAUUAUUCACUUCUUAAUUUUUUUUUUUUCGUUGGAUAUUUUUUGUUUGAAUCAGUAAUUAUUUAAAUUUGAGCUGUGGAAACUUUUUUUCUUGCACAAUAAAUUACCAAGUAUUUGAAACAAUUUGAGUAAUUAAAUUGAAAAAAUGUUGGUUUUUGUGCGUAAAAACCGGCAUAUUUUUUUCUUUCAGCACACUUUUUGAUAUUAUACUGUAAUGCUGAAGUGUUUGGAAACGCUAUGGGGGAGUCUUCGAUUGAGGUUGAAAAAUUCUCGAAAAACAACAUUUCAUUCGAUGCGAAAGCAUUUUACAAAUACUUCACUGAAUUUAGAUCCUGAAAUAAAAAAGUUUCAGCGCUUGAAUUUAUUCGAAAUUCUGGAAAUGCUAUCGUAUUCCAAUGAGAAAACUUUCUUCUAAUUUUUUUUUUCGCAAGUGUAUUUUUCAAAAUGUUUGAAUUUUCAGCUUCGAUAAAUGAAUGGAGGCAAAAAAAAGAUAGGAAAAUCUUUUUUUCAUGAUCGAGAUAGAAUUAGCGCUGCCAUUUAUAAGCGGGAUUUCAAAAAAAUUAAGGUUUUUUCGGCUUUUUUUCAUCAUUUUGUUGCAUUUUUCUGAAAACCGCAAAAGUCUUACGAGUCAAUGUAAAACAGUAAAUGGCUCAUUCAAGGAACAUUUUAUUAAAAAAAUAAGUUUUUUUUUCAGAAGAUAACGGAAAGGUUGUCAAAAGAAGAUCUGGAACAGCUGCUCAAUGAACCGUUCUACAAGAUUCCUCUGGUCUAUGCCUGCGAAACAGGCUCAUUCGAUAUUGUGAAACUUCUGGUCUGUAUUGAAACCCUCAGAAUGGACCCAAUAUUUCUUUUUCAGAUUCGUCUCGGCGCAAAUCCCCUCGUAUAUUAUCAAUUUCUAAAACACAAAACGGCUCUACGCGUGGCAAUCGAGAAAAUCGGUUCGACGGACAUUUCGGACCUGUUCAAUCGCAAAACUCGACACCGUUUUAUGGUUUUUUAACCCAAUACAUGGUUUCGUUUUAUGGAAUUUUCAGGUUCUACAAGUUUUACUGAAAAUCGGGAAGGUUCCGCUGACAAUGCCUGUUGGAUUCAAGGCCGAGCCGCCCCUCUUCACGGCCUUGAGAUUUGCCAAUUUCGGGCUCGGUAAAGGAAAAAAAGAAAUAAAAAUCAUAGUUUUUUGUAGUGAAAUACCUUUGCGAUCAAGGCGCCUGCGUACAGGAUCGCGACGAAAACGGCAAAACUUUAUUCAUGAAACCCGAUUUUUUCAAGUCAAAAGAUUCGGUUCAAAAAUGCAUUUUUCUGUUCUUAACCAACUUUCAGACUGAUAUUUUUGAAUACCUUCUCGCCCAAGGCCUUUCAAUCGAUGCCGUCGAUAGGGGCGGUGAGUUGGAGCAUAGAAUACCAUUUUUAGAAGGUCACUUGGAGAUUUUUCUGAUGUAUCUCUACUUUACGCUCAAAAGGUUCUGUGAAAAAUCUAUCGUGAAAAUUUUUUGUAAAGUGGACUCUUAAGGGAGAGCGAAAGCUCCCUGGGUGAACAGGAAAUUCAAGUCGAAGUCCCUCAAGUUGUCACUUGGCCUUUGCUCAGUGUAGUCCGUUUUUCGCGACUUCAAAGGGCGGUACCUUCUCUGCGCCCUCCUCAUCUCUUGACGUCUCUCUCUCAUGUUUACGUGCUAUAGUCCGUUCAGAUUUUGAAUGUCAAGUCGUCGCUCAAGCUCCGCCCAUAAUGAUGCGAUAAACCAAUCAGAGAGCGAGCCAUCCACAGAGCAUAUGACGUCAUUCUACUUGACAUUCAAAAUCUGAACAGACUAUACUUCUAUGAUUCUCUUACCUCGCCGGUGAGGGAACAGAGAGACGCAGACACGCGAAAACUAUCAAGUCGUGGCGGACAGAAAAACCCUUUAUUUUUUUCCUAGUUUAUCAUUAGAAAAAAAAAACGAAAACGGGUUUUUUUUUCUAUUCUGUCUUAUUUUAGGACUAACGGCGCUCCAUUUCGCAGUCAUUGAGAAGGAUCUUCACCUCGUGAAGCUUCUUACUAGAGCAGGAGCCAACUUGAUCCCCGAUCCCAGGGUUCUGCAUCCGAUAUUCGUCGCUGCUCUUCAACGGACCAAUGUUUCCCGAUUUUCGAUUUAUUUCUUCACGUUGAAUCGUUUUUCCAGUCUGAAGUAUUCGAACACUUGGUCGAAUUCGUCAAAGAACGGAGAUGGAAAAAAGACGGACUGUUGCUCAGAGCCACGACCGAACUUUUGAAAAGACACAAGGAACUGAGCUUGGAGCUGGUCGAGUGCUUGAGGAAGCCUCUGGAGAUGACCACCGAAGAGGAGGUUUUGAUCAAAUUGGAACCUUGGGGAAAAUUCCAGAAUCGCCCCCCCCCCACACUGUUUUUUUGCCCCCCCGCGUUCCAACAAGCCCCCCACCAAGCCAAGUUCCGAUCUGCGGGGGUUAAAAAUAGGAGAACUUCAUGUGGGGGAAGAAUCGAACGCGGGGGGGGGGUGAAUAAGUAUUCUAGAAUGGUCCCCCGCAGUACAAAAACGGGGGGCGAUUCUGAAAUGCCUAGACAAUCUUUUCAUAUUUGCCCCCGCACGGCUUUGAAAUAGUCCCCCCCAGAGCUCAUUCGAACAAGCCCCCCUCCCAUUUCAGAAUGGCCCCCUCCCAUUUCAGAAUGGCCCCCUCCAGAAUGGCCCCUCCCAUUUCAGAAUGGCCCCCUCCCAUUACAGAAUGACCCCCUCUAUGUCAAGUAUUUUAUUUAUUUGACGAAUUGUUCACUGUGCCUCAGUUUUUUCGAUGCGAGCCACAGUCGGCUUCGCGCUAUGCGCGCUCCGCCUCCGUGUGAAGCCUUAAAACCAAGCUUAUUUUCCUAAGUAAUUAAUUAAUUAAUGUGCAUGAAAAGAAAAAGCAAAAAUUCUAUUCCUCAGAACAAUUACUUGAUUGAAAACUAAUAAAGUUCAUCUUAAAUUUUUCUAAGUGGUCAGCGCCCCAUAGUUUUAUGAUAUAGUCAAUGUUUCCCGACUUGAAAGGCGUAAGAGGCGUGGCAAGGGGCGGGACGCGUAGCGUGUGCGUACGCGGUUCUUGGCACGUGUUCAAUUCAACCGCUAGCGAGCAUUCAGAGAGCUUAUUUAUUGCUCUUUUCACUUGUUUGAAUUAUUUAUUGAUUAUGUUCAUGUGUGCAUCAAAAAAUAGAAAAUACAGAAAAAGAGCGGUGGCCGAACUUUUUAAAUAGUCGGCGGGGACUGAAUUGAACUGGCGCCAAGAACCGCGUACGCACACGCUACGCGUCCCGCCCCUUGCCCCACCUCCCUCGCCUUUCAAGUCAGGAAAUUGACUAUAUUCGUACGUAUCUCGGCGAGACGUACCCGUAAACUUCGGUGGUAUGAAAAGAACACCAGCGAAAAUUCAAACGGCGACUUUUCCGAUUUUUUCAUAUCGCUAGGGAACUUUCCGAGGGCCACCUUUCCGACGAAAUUUUUUCCGACUUUUUUCCCUUAUAUUUUUCGGUUUAUAAGACAUCUGUUUACAUUUUUUUUUCCUAUUUUUUUGUAUUUUAAUCAUGAACCAACUACCUACUUUAUAUGGGAAAAUUUAAAACGAAAAUUUUAACGAGAAAAAAAAGUCGGAAAAAGAUUUGUCGGAAAGGUGGCCGUCGGAAAGUUCCCUAGCGAUAUGAAAAAUCGGAAAAGUCGCUGUUUGAUUUUUUGCUGGUCUUUUUUUCAUAUCACCUAAACUUCUUUGUCUGACUUGAACUUCUCAUGAAACUCGGUCAGCGACCUAAUUUCUUCCAUGAUCUACAAAUCAAAUCACAAAAAUUACUAAAUUCACAAAAAGAACACGAAGGGGGUGAUAUCCAACAUAUGCGGGGGGCUAUACUGUAAUAUGCCCGAACCUUGUUCAAGGAAUUUAAAGAUGGAAGACUAUGAAUAUCGUUAUUACGAAUAUGAUGAACUUUGCGAAGCGACCUCGAUCAGCGAGUUUGAGGAGGCGGACGACCUCGAGAGGUUCACCGUCAUGCAAGUACGCGACCUUCUAUCUUAUUAUGAGAAAAAUGACUCUUUCCAGUGCUUCAUCAUGAGGGAAAGAAUUCUCGGCAGAGACCAUCCAGAAGUUCGAAACGCACUGUUCAGUUUCAUUCCUCGUUUUCCGCUCGGUUACGAUCCAAGGCGAGGAAAUUAGCUUUCCCAUCAAAGUUUGGCAAUAAAUACGCCUGUUUAAAGCGGCCGGUCGUAUUACGGUAGUUUAGAUAGGUUUUUCGGUGAAAGCUUUUGUGCUUUUUUUGACGUUACUAAUCUUGUAACAAGUUGCGAUGAAUAAAUCACUUUUAAAACAUUUCCUGGUUCAAAAACUUGCGGCGCAUCAUCGACCGGCCGCCGUAGCAGUGGUGGUAUGAAAAAAAAGCCAGCGAAUUUUCAAACGGCGAUUUUUCCGAUUUUUUCAUAUCGCUAGGGAACUUUCCGACGGCUACCUUUCCGACGAAUCUUUUUACGACUUUUUUUCUCGAUAAACUCUUCGUUUUAAAUCUUCCUAUAAAGUAGGUGGUUGGUUCAUGAUUAAAACACAAAAAAAUGGGAAAAAAAAAUGUUUAUAGAUGUUUUACAAACUGAAAACUAUAAGGGAAAAAAGUCGGAAAAGUUUCGUCGGAAAGGUGGCCGUCGGAAAGUUCCCUAGCGAUACGAAAAAAUCAGAAAAGUCGCCGUUUGAAUUUUCGCUGGUCUUUUUUUCAUACCACCGUAGCAGUGUCUUUAACAUGCGUGACAAGAACGAUAAAAAAAAAUUUGUGCAUUAUAAAGACAUAAGCGCCUUCCAAGGCUAGCUUCCAGCCUUUCCUCCAGGAUUGUGCGAGGGCCAGACCGCCCGGCCCAAUAGGCUCACAAUUUCGUCAAGUCGAGUUUUUCGCUUUUUUCACGAGGAAAAUGAUGUUUCCGGUUGAUUUUCUCAUGGAGUUAUUAGAAAUUAUGAUUAAACUAGUAAAAUAAAUUUUCAAAAAUGAAGGCCCGGGCCGCCUAGCCUGACGCACAAACCUAUUCAGCGGUAAAAACGAAAAUUGCUCCAAAACAAAAAAAAUGGUACUGCUUCGGAGCAACUUUGGCCGACCGAUGAACACGAUUUUUCGUUUUGAAGCAUUUUUCGUGUAUCCGUUGAACACGCUAUAAAUGAUACAAAUUAAGUUUUUGCAAACGCUAGCAAGUCUUAAAAAUGGCCUAAUUUGAGAGAUCCGUCCUUAGAAAGUAAAACUUCGUUUUUUUUUUUGUAAUUUGCUAUCUAUUAAUGUCGAAAAUAUCUGCGGACGGGUUCCUGUAGAUCUAAACUAGUGUGCACUCCGCCAAAACUUGGAAAAAUCUGAUUUAUCUGCGACAAUUUCCUCAUGUUUACGGGAUCUUUAUGAUCUUGCCGGUGGCGGAAAAGAGGCCGCAGAAAGUUCAGACUGAUCCGCGUCGUUAGCUCUAUGUUAUUGAUUUUUAUUUUUCAGGAACAGCGACCUUUUACUUCAUAUUGCUUUUCUGUUUCUCAGGUAAUGACGUUUUUCUUCAGCGAGAAAAAAAAAAGUCAAUUUUUUUUAGUAACCUCGGGCUCUCAGGCCAUUCGUUAUGUGCGUUACAAUGCAUCACCUUUCACGCUUUGAGAUAUUUGCGAGAACAUGGAAAUGAAGAAGCUUACGAUCAGUGUAUGUAUUUCGGCGAAGAUCUGCUUGAGGAAGUCUACCUGGCAUUGAAGUCGGUUUGUUUUAUUUACUGUAGUUCAGUAAAAGCUAUGGAGAAAGAGCAAACUCGUUAUAUUUUAUGAAAGAAAAAACGUUCUGAAAUAAGGAGUGUAGGACAAGGACGCCGAUUCCAAGAGCUCCGGUCCGCAAUGCGCCGUCGCGUGUAUGCAGAGUCAGCUUUCUUCUACGCCGAUUCUGUUGGCGCCAUUAUUUUGAAACUUUAUUUUUUCGCUUUUUUUAACAGAUUUUUUUGACCGAAACUUAUUUGAGCCGUGUAUGAAAAUAGAUGAACAAGGGUAGAAAAAGGGAAGAAUGAAUUCUCAUUUAUACUGCGCUCUUUAAAUAGGCCCUUGUCCUACACUUCAGGGUUGCGCGGAAGUGAAAAAUUUAAAAAAGGAAGAAGGAAGGCGGGUUACGGAACAAAAAAAUUUUUAAAGAAGACGGAACACGGGUUAAGGAAUAAAACUUUUUUCGAGGAAGACGGAACACGGGUUAAGGAACAAAAAUAAUUUUUGAGGAAGACGGAACACGGGUUACGGAACAGAAGAAUUUUAGGGAGAAGGAAAGAGGUUUGCAUAAAAAAAUUUUUUAAUUUAUGAAUAAGCGAAAUACCCUGGGGGAUUAAACCAAAACUACCAGAACCAAUUCACUAAAAAAUUUUUAAAAGAGUAACGUGAACAUUUUUCAAACAAAACACAAUUAGUGAAAUUUGAAUUUCGUAGCCAAUUGAAAUCAUAAUGAACUUUCGUAACCUUUGACUAAACUUUGGUGUAAUUCAAAGUAUCGAGGAGCUUCAAGCCUCUUUCACAAGGGCCAGGCUAUUAGCCCCGACACAGAGAAGAGUUUCUCUAACUCGUUAAAUGUCGAUUUAAGCUGGGAUGCUUUGAUACUGGAAUUGAGAGAUUAGUUGGCCCUUCUACAGAUGAUAUGUAGACGAAAUUAUCUUCAUUACCAUAUCACUCACGACACCGAAAAAGUGCAUAUUUCUAUCAAAAAAUGUUUAAAUUAGGAGCUGAAGAACAAAAAUUUUUCAAGGAAGACGGAACACGGGUUAAGGAAGAGAAAUUUAUGCGGAAGACGGGUAACGGAAUUCCGUGCAACCCUGCUACACUCGAAAUAAGGCAAAUUUUCAUUGGUAAAAAUGUUAAUUUCACUGAUAAGAGACAAAAAUUGUGUGAAAAGAAGAUGGAAAGUCGAUAAAAUCAUGAUAAAGAAUCAUUUUUCUAUGUUCAAAAGGACCGAAAACGUCUUUUUUGUCUAGCCUUUCUACAAACUUUUCAAGUUUUCAGGAAUUGAUUUUGCGCACCAGAAGCCAUGAGUUGAAACAAGUUGGCGAAAUCCUCAUGACCCUUUUCACAAUGGUUUUGAUAUUUUUUGUUUUGCAGCCCUUCAAAUGUUUCGUUUAAGAUUGGCGGUAUUCCCAGAAGCAAUGAGGAUCAGACCGAGAGAGGAUUUUCGAUUCCCAGUGUGAGUUUUCUUGGUUUUCGCUCCUGAAUUAUUUUAAAAAUUGAUUUCAGUUGCGUCCAAUCUUGAGAAUCGCCGCAAUUCACCAAAUACCAUUGUUCCAUUCGGGGACGUUUUUCAGGUAGCUUUUGCAGAGUCUUUGAUUGUCCCUGACGCUUUUCAGAAACCCAAACUGGAUUUCAAUUUUCGUCCAAGCUGGCGCCAACAUCAACGAGAAGGAUUCCGAUGGGCGCACGGCCUUGGCCGCAUCUUUCCAGUAUUUUUUGGGUUCCGCCAAAGAAAUAAAUGAAAAGUUCCGCCACGAGUAUGAAUCAUUCGCCAAUUUAGUUCAUUCCAUCUUUAUUCGAGGAAAUUCCCAAUUGUGCGCGAAUUUGUGACCAACGGAUCGCGGCUUUUCCAACGUGAUGCAGAGGGAAAUCGAAUUUUCGCCUCGCUGGUGAAAGCUCAAGGCUGGCCCAACUUUGAAGAUCCCAUGGUUCUCGGUGAGAUUCUAUUUUUUAUAGCCGAUUCAUGGCUAGCUUGGCACGCUAAGGGGGCGUGUCCUGUUUGAGCUCUCAACAAGCCAAGUACUAUCUCUUGCAUUAUCAUGUCAGGACCUUUUUUUUGCAAUUUUUAUUACACUCCGAUCUACAGUACCCUUUCCUUUGAAACACGCGGCCUGUCUCUGCACAUGCGUCUUUAAAAUAUUGAAGAUUUUCAGACUAAUUUUACAAAGAGGCAGGCCGCAUCCAUUCAAGGAAAGAAUUCCGUAAGUCGGAUAAAAAAUUUAAAACGAUGUCCAGCUGGGGCGGAAUGGGCUAUAAUGGCACAGAGAAAAGAAAGCUGACGAUAAAGAGAGAAAAAAGUCACCUGUGCAUUUUUGUUUUUAAUCAACCUGGAUAAUCUGUUAUAAGCUUUCCGAAUGCGUUUUUAACUUUUAGGAAAAUUUAUUACGCUGAAAGACAUGAGCGCAGAAAUUGUGGAAGCCACUUACCCGGCACACUUUUUGCGAAAAAACUUGCCCCUCGACCUGAGUGAAUACCUUUCUUUAGUUAACAUUUACAAACAAUGA